AAUUAGAAGAAUUGGAAGGAAAGAGGAAGCGUUAUGGCUACUAGAUCGAUACUAAAGAUCGAGAAAUUUAUUUCAUAAAUAUGAAUUUAAUCAAUUAUGUUAUAACUUCUAAUUAUAAUCACACAUCUGUCAUUUUGCAACACUUAUUUUUCUAAGUUAAAAGUACUAACGUUCGUACGUCAAAUACACUGUUUGUGUGCGAUUAUUCCUGAAAUAACCUCUCUACAUCGCAUUCUAAAUUAUGAGAAUCGAACCAGUUGAUCGCACCAAGUUGAUUUGCUAAUUGUGCGCUAUAUAAUUAUCGUUUUAUAUUUAUACAUUACGUAACUAUCGCUUCAGUUAACUGCGAUAUUAUUAUUUCAAGCUAUUCGUGUGUGACUCACACCUUAUAUUUUGAUUUUAUAUUAUAUAUAUAUAUAUAUAUGGCUGUGUAUUUCUUAUAUACAUGUAUUACCCGCAAAUUAUAACUGUUUCGUUUUUUUUUUAGCGUGUCAUAAAAGAUAAUUAUGUUUGAUCAAAGAAUUAUAGCAAUUUGCUUUCUCAUAUGUUUUGUAAUAGUAUUUAACUUUUCUCUUCAUCGUAUCGAAGAAGGUCAUGUGGGAGUAUACUUUCGAGGUGGCGCACUGUUACCACAAGUGAGUAAUCCAGGUUUUCACAUGAUGAUACCAUUGCUGACCACAUAUCGUGCAGUUCAAGUCACUCUACAGACAGAUGAAGUGAAGAAUGUGCCAUGCGGAACCAGUGGUGGUGUAAUGAUUUACUUUGAUCGUAUAGAAGUUGUGAAUAUAUUGGACGCAAAUAGUGUUUACAAUAUGGUGAGAAAUUUCACAGCAGAUUACGAUCGCACGUUAAUUUUUAAUAAAGUACAUCAUGAAUUAAAUCAAUUCUGUUCUGUACAUACAUUACAUGAAGUGUACAUUGAUUUGUUUGAUCAAAUUGAUGAAAAUUUAAAAACUGCACUUCAAAGGGACUUGAAUGAAUUAGCGCCUGGUCUCAAUAUACAAGCUGUAAGAGUAACAAAACCAAAAAUUCCUGAAACAAUCAGAAAAAAUUAUGAAUUGAUGGAAGCAGAGAAAACAAAGCUGUUAAUAUCUACUCAACAUCAGAAAGUAGUUGAGAAAGAUGCUGAGACUGAUCGCAAGAAGGCUGUUAUUGAAGCUGAAAAGGAAGCACAGGUUGCAAAGAUUCAAUAUAAUCAAAAAAUCAUGGAGAAAGAGUCUCUACAACAAAUGGCUGCGAUAGAAGACGAGAUGCAUUUAGCAAGACAGAAAAGCCGUUCGGAUGCUGAAUUUUAUCAAAUGAAAAUGCAAGCCGAGGCGAAUAAAAUACUUUUAUCUAAAGAAUAUUUAGAGCUCAAGAAAUACGAUGCAUUAGCGCGCAAUGCGAAAAUAUAUUACGGGCAAAACAUUCCAAAAAUGUUUGCGUACGGCGGUUGCUUGAAUGAUCACAGUUAUGAUUCCAGUACAAAUAUUGAGGAGAAACAAUUGUGAGAAUCAGAUAAUACCGUAAUACAUAUCUUUUUUUCCUAAUUAUUAAUAUACGGAAUGAAAUGAAUGGAUUUUAUUUUCUUAAAUUGAUACUCUUAUAUGGACAUUCUUUUAUGAAAUACUAAUUGCAGAAUUUUGGAAUUCUCGUAGUUAUACAGAAACAACUUUUUAAUAUUUAAUAUAUAAAUACAGUAUACAUAAUUUUUGAAAUCUGGAAUGUUACUUAUUUCUUUAAAUUGUGUGUGAAAUUAAAAGUUUGUAUGAAUAUAUUUAUUAAAUUUGUACAGAUGUACAUCAUAUACAAAUAUACAUAUAAUCUGCUUUC